AUGCCUCCUAGAGGUGAUCCUGGCCGUGGUCGAGGUGGCGGUCCCCCUCGCGGUGGUGGCGGCGGGGGACGCGGUGGUGGUGGUGGUGGUGGACCACGCGGCGGGGGUGGCGGUCGCGGUCGAGGCGGUCCUCCUCCCGCGAGAGGCGGUCUACCCCCUGCUGCCAGCACCGCGUUGCCUGGGGAGCAUGUUCAAGUGGUUGGCGUGCGACGAUCGGGCUACGGCUCUGCUGGUCGCCCAAUUACCGUAGCUUCCAACUUCUUUAACAUCACGCCCCCCGAAGGAUAUAUUCACCACUAUGACGGUAAGUUAUAUCUCCCUUCAGAGAAGACUCUUCCGGCGCGACUUAAUAUGGAUCUCGUCAACCAUCUCAUGAGCGUUGAGGCCGUGGAUAUCUUUACUCCUCCAGCCGUGUACGAUGGCAGAAAGAACAUGUUCGCACCCAGGAAACUUGCGCUUGGACCAAGCGACAGUCAAGAGUUCAACGUUAGCCUUUCCGACGACGCGAACAGGGGAAGUCCCGGAGAAAAUACUGGUGGACGCGGACCAAAGGUAUAUAAAAUCCGGUUGACUAAGGUAGCCACAAUCAACCCCGAGGUCCUGCAACGCUUUAUCAUGGGCAAACAGUCCCAUGAUAACACGGUUUUAACGGCCCUAACGGCAUUGAACGUGGUCAUCCGCAUGGAGCCGACCAUGAAAUACCCAUUCAAUGUCAGGUCUUUCUUCACAGAUCGCGAAGUUAAAGAUAUCGGCUCUGGAAUAGUUCUUUGGAGGGGGUACUUCCAGUCAGUACGGCCCGCAAUCGGUCGUCUUCUCGUCAACGUCGACAUUUCUACGGGUACCAUGUACAAGGCCGGCCCUCUCAUUGACCUUUGCCUAGACUUUUUGGGAAGACCCGGACAACCGCAACUCUUAAGUCCGCAAAGGGGGAUGCCCGACAGGGAAAGGAUCCGGCUGCAGCGUUUUAUCGCUGGUGUACGGAUAACCACAACGUACACCGGACAGCGAGUGCGAAAAACUCCACGAGUUGUCAAGAAGCUUAGUAGCGUAGGCGCAAGUAGUCUGAGCUUCACCAUGCGAGACGGCACGUCGAUGACUGUCGCACAAUAUUUCCGCAAUCUCCUCAACAGGCCCCUCAAAUAUCCUGACAACAUCUGCGUGGAGGUUGGUGCGGGAGCGCUUAUCCCGGUAGAACUUUGUGUGGUCCCUAAGGGACAAAUAAUGCGGAAGCAGGUCCCCCCUGAGAAGACUAAGGAUGUCCUCGAGUUUGCUACGAAGAGGCCUCACGAGCGCUUGGCAAGCAUCAGUAAUGGACUCUCGGUCUUGGCGUAUGGACAGUCACAGUACAUGCGUGAAUUCGGGAUGCGUGUUGAUGAUAAUUCUGGCCCGAUAAACCUCCCAGCGCGAGUCUUGCCGCCACCGAAGUUGAGGUACGGCCAAGGCAGUCCGCAGCCAGUAGUCACCCCAGCGAAUGGGGCUUGGAAUAUGAUCGAUAAGCGUUUUUUCCGCCCGGCGACCAUCGACCGUUGGAUCGUGGUUGUCUAUGAACGCCAACAGCGCUUCAAUCAACAGUCCGCCCAGGACAUGAUCAAUGGGCUCGUACAAUGUUCUCGUGAUGUUGGGAUGAGGGUUAACGACACAAGCCCUAUGGUUACUUGGCAGAACGGCCAAGGCCGAAUUGCAGAUCAACUUCGCCAAGCAGGCAAUGAGUGUUUCCAACAAACUCGACAAAGGCCUACGCUCAUCGUAGUAAUUCUUCCGGACAACGCCAACGACAUUUACACAGCGGUGAAACACUUUGGGGACGUUACAGUCGGUGUGGCCACGCAGUGCUUAAAAAGUUCAAAGUGUUACCGGGCAAAGCCACAGUACUACGCGAACGUGUGUUUGAAGAUUAAUGUUAAGCUCGGGGGCAUCAAUACAAUUCCUGAUCCUCAGUCUGUUAGUAUCUUGACGGAUCCGCGCAAUCCAACGGUCGUAAUGGGCGCCGACGUCAUCCAUCCAGCCCCAGGGUCUGAAGGCCGCCCCUCGUUCACAGCAUUGGUCGGAAACGUAGACUCGGAUACCGCGAAGUACAUCGCUACAUGUCGUGUGCAGACGUCGCGCAAAGAGAUCAUUGAGGAUCUCAGCGAGAUGGCACAGCACAUCCUAGAUAUGUAUAUGAAGUACCGGCGAAAUUUCGAGAAGAAGACAAGUAAUAUAGCCCCUACCCGGCUGAUAUUCUUCCGCGACGGCGUUUCCGAGGGACAGUUCAGAGAGGUACUGGAAUUUGGUAGGUUGGCUUUGGCGUGCAGGAGAUUAAAUAUCAAUCCCAAAAUUACGAUGAUCGUCGUGGCCAAACGCCACCAUGUCCGCCUUUUCACGACGAAUCCCGGGGAUGCUGAUCGCAGUGGAAAUUGCCCUGCCGGGACCGUCGUAGACCAAGUUAUAGCUCAUCCGGUCGAAUUUGACUGGUACUUAAUAAGCCACGGCGGCCUGUUAGGGACUAGUCGACCUGCCCAUUAUAACGUGUUAUACGACGAUAACAAAUUCCAAGCCGACGGCCUCCAAUCAUUGGCGUUUGCUUUGUGUCAUGUCUACGCACGCUCAACUCGCUCUGUCUCAAUCCCCGCACCCGUUUAUUAUGCGGACAUUGUCUGUAGUCGCGCUAAGAAUCAUUAUGAUCCUCAGGGUGGGAUCAAUCUUUCUGAUACCGCAACGCAUACGGAUACUACGGGAGCUGAAAGUGCUCUGGAAGCCUACAAGCGGAACUUUAAGCCCCUUCACAACAACAUGACGACUCUUAUGUACUUCUCUUAA